AAAUCUCACCACUAAACCUUCGAAUCGUCACAUUUCUAGGGCAUUUCCUUCUUCUUGUUUUGGAAAAUUGUGGUUCCUAAAUCUCUAUCGAUCUAGGGUCUCCAGAAAGGCGCUUUCUGCUCACCGCCCUCAAGAUUUCGGUUCUUUCACAAUCAAAUCAGGAGGAAGAGAAAGGUAAAACCAUGGAUCUUCCUCGAGAAGUCGACGAUUACAUAAAGGAAACGAUUGAUGACUCAUUAGAUCUCCCAAUCUCGGCAAGCACUCUGAAAUCAAAGCUCCGUGCCACCGAAGAAGUCCAACGGCGCCUCCGUGAGCAGUACUUACUUCUUCUCUCCAAAUUGAAAGAAAAGGAUGAAAUCAUAGAUCGGGCUAGGGCGGAAGCCAGUUUGAAUGCACAAGCGAUAAAGAAAUUUGUUGAGGAGAAUCAGAAAUUGGCAGCGGAGUGUGCAAAUUUGUUGAAUCAGUGUAAAAAGUGGGAAAAGGAGUGUUCCUUGUACGAUCAUGAUCGUGAGGCAUUAAUGGAUUUUGGGAAUGAGGCCGAUGAGAGGGCGAAGGAAGCUGAGAUUAGAGUUCAGGAGUUGAAGGAGGAGUUGAGGAGGUUGAGAGAUGAACUAAGAUUCUACAAGCACGAGUAUGAAACCAGUGUGGAUGGUAUAUCCUCUGUUAGUACACCCUUGGAAGAGAAUUUACUUGAGUCCAUUCUAUCAACAUUGAUUACUAAGGAUGAAGUUGUAUCUGGACAUGCAUUUUGGGAGGCAAAUGGUUCUCAUGAAUCAUGUCAAAGGUUGCUGAAUAUGUGGAAUAGCUUGAGGCCAUCAACUAAAAAAGUUUUUGCACUGGUUGCUAAAGUAAAGACCCUUGAGAAAGACAAGGAACAUCUUCAGAGAAACAAGGAACAUCUUAGGAUGAACCUUGAUAAAGCUGAGGAGGAGGUAAAAGUGUUAUUUGAAGAAAACAAUAUAUUGAAUGAGGAAAACAAAAGAUUAUUGAGGCAACACCACAAAGACAUAAACCAUCAUGGUUCUGGAGGGAAGAACACUGGCAGUGCAUCUGCAAAGUCAAACAAGCGAAAGUCAAGUCCCAAGAUGAGCAGCAGCCCAAUUGAGAAAAAGAUUGAUUUUGGUGAUGUUGAGUCAGUGAGGCAACCCCUAUCCCCCUUGCGAUAUAACUCACCUGACUCAGGAAUGCACAAGAAGUAAUGAUACCUUAUGAUGAUAAGAUCUAACUUCUUUCCUUCUCCAUUGGCUAUACUUGACCUCAUGAAUGGUGUUAUGAGUGGAUUGAGAGAUUGCUUUCUGAAGCUUACAAUAUUGUUUUCCCUUUGUAAGAAAAUCUCUUGCUUUCUAGGAGGAAGAAGGAAUUCCAUUGUUUUUCAGUUUUUUUUUUUUUUUGUUUCCAUAGGAUUGUCAGGAUUGAUCUGAUGCAAUGGGAUGGAAGAGAAUAUUGUUCUAACAAAGCACUGAUGAAAAU